AUGGGACAAUACAAUAGGACAAUUGCUGAAGAGUUCUUGUUUGUGGGAUUCUCCAUUGAGCCAAGAACCAACCUAUGCCUGUUUGUAAUUGUCCUCUCCAUGUAUCUCAUCACCUUGACAGGUAACACACUCAUCAUCAUUGCCAUCCGCAUUGACCCGCGACUCAGCACACCUAUGUACUUCUUCCUGAGCAAUCUCUCUUUACUGGACAUCUGUUACACAACUAGUGUGGUCCCUCAGUUGCUGAUCCAUUUCUUGACCAGUCACAAAACCAUCUCCUUCAACAGAUGUAUGGCUCAGCUUUUCAUCUCUUUGUCGUUGGGCAGCAUUGAGUUUAUUCUGUUGGCCGCCAUGGCUUAUGACAGAUAUGUAGCUGUCUGUCAUCCCUUGCAUUAUAAGACCAUGAUGAACAAGAUGGUGUGUAUCCAGUUGGCACUGACGUCCUGGAUGGGUGGCCUCUUCAAUGCUAUGGUGCAGACUGGUUUCACUAUGCGCCUUCGCUUCUGCACUUUCAACACUAUCAACCACUUUGCUUGUGAAGUCCUGGCUGUUAUCAAAUUAUCUUGCUCUGAGACAUUUGUCAAUGAGAUCUCGCUUAUGGUAGCAGGGGUCCUUCUUCUCCUGAUCCCCUGUAUUGUGGUAAUGCUUUCCUAUGUGUAUAUAAUCCGUGCCAUCCUGCACAUCCGCUCUUCAGAAGGUCGGCACAGAGCCUUCUCCACAUGUACCUCUCACCUGACUGUGGUCACCCUCUGCUAUGGCACAGCAGCCUUUGCUUAUUUGAGCCCCAAAGCUCCCACUUCGUCCAACCAGAACAAGAUGCUUGCUUUCUUCUAUGCAGUGGUUACGCCCAUGCUCAACCCUAUCAUAUACAGCUUGAGGAACAAGGAAGUGAAAGGAGCCCUCUCUAAAGUAGUAAGGAAAUGUAUCCCUGUGGAAAGUUAG